CUGAAGAAGAACCGAAUGGAAGAAGCGGGACAACCACAAAUGGGGAACUACUGACGGAAGAACGGAAGAAGCGGCCACCGCCAGACGCACCGCCGGACGCCGACCCUCAAGCUCCAGCCUCCAGGGUUGUGCAAAGGUGCAAAUGAGGAGCAUGCUAGGGAUCUGCCGGUGAUGAAUGGUAUCAAAGAAGAUAUUAAAUCCAUUGGAGUUCUUGAUUCUGGGAACCCAGUCUUCCAAGAGGGCCUCUCCAAUCUCUCAACUCGUCUCAAAACCUUACAGGGUUUCUCCUAUCCUGUAUCUUCAAUGGAAAGGAUGAGCCCUCAAAACCCCUUGUACCUUCAUGGCUCAGAUGGGCCUAACACAGUAAGUGUUGAAAAACUCACUGGUGUGAGUAAUUACAGGAGAUGGAGAAGAUCCAUGGAGAUAGCACUUUCCUCAAAAAGAAAACUUGGCUUUGUGAAGGGAAGUGUUGUGAAGGAACAAGCUGACACAGCGAAGGCAGAACUCUGGGAUACAUGCAACGACACUGUGAUAGGAUGGAUUAUGGGGUCUGUUUCAGACUCUAUCAAACAGACCAUCAUGUAUAUGCUCAGGGAGAUCUGGAUGUAUCUGGAGAGCAGAUACUCUGUCUCAAAUGGCUCCCUUAAAUAUAAACUCAACAGAGAACUCUAUAGCUUCAAGCAAGGAGGUGCAACCAUCAAUGAUUAUUAUACUGCCAUGAGGGGCAUGUGGGAGGAACUAGAGUCUUUAGACCAGUUGCCCACCAUUACUACUGUUGGAGAGGAUGUGACAAGAUUCUUAGAAGCCUUGGAAAAACAGAAGGAAGAGAAAAGGUUGUUUCAAUUUCUCAAUGGAGUGGAUGAAGUUUAUGGACCUCAAAGGAGUCAACUGCUCAUGAUGACAACUCUUCCUUCAGUAGAGUUUGCUUGUAGUUCACUUCAACAAGAAGAGUCACAAAGAUGUGUGCUCAAUCCUAUGAAGGCUCCCUUGGAGUCCUCUGCCAUGUAUAGCAAGGGAGCAACUGACCCAGAAACAUGCUCAGCUUGUGGGGUGAAAGGACAUCCAAGGGAGAGAUGUUGGACAGUUAUAGGCUAUCCUAAAUGGCAUCCAAAACACAAAGCUCUUUAUAAAAGCAGGAAGGAGGCACAGAAGGUUGCUGCCAAUGCACAAGGAGGAAGCAGCCUAGGGGACAAUGGAGAAAUCACAGUCCAACAAUUGGAGCAUCUGCUGAGGAACCUGCAUAACAAACCUAGAUCAACCAUGGCAGGUUCAGACACUGAAGAUGAACUCGAUUCUAGCUUUGCUGGCUUCGCAGCUGUUGGGAAUAGAUUGAAAAUAAAUCUACCUAACGGUAAUACCUCUGAUAUCACUCACUGUGGUGGUGUAAAGCUGAAAAAUGGACUAAACCUUAAGAAGGUUUUAGUAGUUCCUGAGUUUAAACAUAAUCUGCUGUCAGUUAAUAAACUUGUGAGCUCUGAAGAUUGCAAGGUAGACUUCUAUGCAGGACAUUGUGUCAUAGUUGACAAUGUCACUCAAAAAGAGCACUCGAAGCAACACUUUGAAGAGGAAGAGAGGAGGUUGCUGCCGCUGCUGGAGGCAGCGGAGCUGACCAAGCUGCAGCAAGUCUCAGCCUGUUCAGGUUCUUCAUGGAGGGGCUCAUCCCCCAGGACGCGUUGCAGUACAUGGACAUGGUCGCCAAGUGCAGUGACAAGGACCGCGUGUGCAGGCUCUGCAGGCUGGUCGUCGAGAAGGAGAAUAGCUUCGGCAGCACGUUGGGUGGUCCCCACUAACAUUGAUGAUGGUGAUGGUGAGGAAGACAAGGAAUGUAUGGGCAAAAGGAAAUGGCUCCACCCACAUUAACUUGUAGAUGGGUGUGGUUGGUUGGAGCAUUCGAAGCAACACNAAGGGCUCGUCCCCCAGGACGCGAUGCAGUACAUGGACAUGGUCGCCAAGUGCAGCGACAAGGACCGGGUGUGCAGGCUCUUCAGGCUGGUCGUCGAGAAGGAGAAUAGCUUCGGCAGCACUUUGGGUGGUCCCCACUAACAUUGAUGAUGAUGGUGAUGAGGAAGGCAAGGAAUGUAUGGGCAAAAGGAAAUGGCUCCACAUUAACUUGUAGAUGGGUGUGGUUGGUUGGUUAGUUUCCUUCUUUACUUCUGCUUUUGUAAAUGGUGACGAACUAAUUGUUCUAUAGAUCUUUUCUUUGUGUAGGUAAAUAACAAGUUUUAAAGUUU